AUGGCGCCACUUCUUCCUACCCCGCAUCGACAUAACAAGUCGUCUCUAACUAGAGACAGUAAGAACAUCAAACGUGGUAAGACGCUUUUUUUAAUAAAUACAUCGACGGAUAACGUUUCUAUUUACCUGUCGAUAGAUUUCUCAUAGCAGUUGCGAUAUCAACUCAUCGUCAAUGGUUUUAUUUUUUUAUGAUACUUCAGAUCAAAAUGAACUUGAUACGGGCAAAAUGUUCGUCCAAGAAUUGUGAGCGUUUACACAAUUAUAGUCUAGGAGGAUUCUUCAUUAAGUCUGUUCUUUUAUCAGUAUAGAUUCUCGCAUUUUUGACAAAUCUUUGCAUAUGAAGAUCGCUGAGGAUCUAUCUAUUAUUCCUUCCUUUCAAACAACAAAUACAUGUAAGAUAAAUUUUCGUUAUUUACCCAGUGCAACAGUAGUUGUUGAUAACCAUGGCAGAAAAUUUAUAUUGUGAGAAAUUUAUUGCAAUAUUACCCUCCCAUUGCAGAUCAGUGUGAACACCAAUUCAGUGUUAUCUUUUAGUCUGCAUUUCAAUACCAUGUCUUGUUUGGGCCUUGUUGAAAAAAAUAUGAACCCCUUGCGAGAAUUUGCGCGUCUUAUCGCCGCUUAUAAAGAAAAAAAAUCGUGCUAGUCAUAGGCUGGGAAAAAAUUAAUUUGACAUCAGCUUGGCCUGCUACCAUUUUGAACACAAUUUGAAAUAAUCUUUACGUAAAAAAUUUCGGGCUUUAAAACGUUAGAAAUGUAUCAAAACUGUAAUCUGAUAAAUUAACCCCGGCAAUUUAACCUGAGGGGCCACAGGAAAGCCUUUUGACAUAUUAAAAUUCUGCGAUGUUUUCUUUCCUUUUCCUUUUCUCCCUCUCUUGAAUUUGAAUUUUGCCGUUUUACUGACGAAUAAUAAAAAAAUUAUCAAUUGUAAUUUGGUGUUAACAAUGAUUAUACGCAAUUGUUUCUGGAAAUAUUAUUACAUUUUGAUAUUCCCAAUAAAAUUAACGGUGUUAUUUAAUUAUUCCGUCACGGCUAUUUAAGUUGCUUUGUCAUUUUUUUUCGAAAUAUUUAUGUGCGAGGGAAAUUGGCUUUCAACGCCACCUAAAAAAAAUUUGCAUUCUCUACACGCAAUAAUUUCCCUGAGGAGCGCAUAAAUGCAUGUAUGUUAUUUAUGUGUUUUAUAUUUUUUUUCUUUCAGACUUUGAUCCUCGCAGUAAACCACAUUCAGCCAAUUUUAUGACACGCUUUGCAUCCAACAACACGGGAUUAUUAUGUCUCUUUGGCAUUCUCGUCCUGCCAAUCCUCUUGGGCUUUGCUAUCGGCUACCUUUUAGUUGUUUUAGGCGUCAGCGCCUACAAAAAGAUAACAGGGGAAAAGUCACGCGCGCAUGCCGCAAAAGAAGCCUCGCAGAAGAUACAACUUGUCAUGGGAGACAAGAUAGUGGACUCUUCUUUCCCUAAAACUGUAUCUUUAAAUGUUCAAGAGACAAAAAAUCGUAGUUUUCCUUGUCCUCCUACAAGGUAUUACUACCAUCGGCUGUGUAACUAUUCCAAUGAAAUUGUUAAUGGCGAUUCGACCACAUUCAAUGACGAAAGCUCUGUCUCUGGAGACGAGACAGAUCACAGGUCACGACAGAAAGUGACGGUACUUACCCCGGAUGUUCAAGAAUCGGACUCUAGUACGCAUGCGUCACUUGAAGAUAACUUGGAUAAGACUGAAGAAGAAGUGGUAAGAGAAGACAUCAGUUUUAAACAGGACAAGGACUCAGGUUUUUCUGGGGAGGAAAACAGUCCUGGGAAGAGAAAGAGAUGUAAUUCGAAUCCCACAUCCACACCGCAAAAGAGGCACUUGGAUUUGCCAGAAAAUAAAACGAAUGAGAUGAACUUGAAAGAGAUAGGUCUCAUAGGAGAAGAUCAAACACCAUCGCCUGAUAACCCGGAUGGAAAACUUGGAAAAGUUCGGUUUGCCCUUCACUACAAUGUUGCUAAAACAGAGCUUCAAGUAAACAUAAUAAAGGCGGUCGGCCUUCCCAUAACUGAUAAUAAGGAAGGAAUUAACCCACUGGUCAAGAUAUCUCUACUACCACAGCAGUUCUGUUGGCAAAGAACAAAAAUCAUCGAAGGAACCCCAGAUCCCGUUUUCAACGAGACUUUUGUUAUUUCAGGUUUUUCAAAGGAUAGAAUCAAAGAAUACGAGUUGAAGUUCAGAGUAGUGAACUUUCACGACAAGUUCAAAGACCGAUAUGCUGAUGAUGUCAUAGGAGAAAUACUUUUUCCUUUGUCGGAGUUAAAGUUGAUGGAGAACAGACCCUCGUUUUCGAUCACCAAGUGGCUGUACUUAUCACCUCCACCUCCAUUCGGGGUAGGUUAAACAGACAAACUAGGGCGACCUAGUUUUCCUCUAUAUAAUCCUUACAUACCAAAAUCCCAGAAUAUGCUAAGAAAAAAUCUUUCUUUCCUUAAGACCUUUUCAAAACCCACUAAAUGUUCGAGAAUAUUUCUACGAUCUUUGAGUGGAACCUCAGCACCUCUUUAAGAAAGAGAAUGGCAUGCACAUAUUGUACGCUGGCCAGCGCUUGAGUUAAACCGAAGGCGCGCAGUAUUCCUCCUGAUCUAACUGAAAUAGAAAAUUGUAAAAGUAAGUGAUUGAGACACCCAAACACUUACAAACUUAUAAAGCGUACAAAGUAGUCGAAUCCUUUACUUCAUAGAACAAUUUCACUUCAGAAUCAUUCCCAAAUCCUGUUUGUUCCUAACAAUCACCCAAAAAACCAAGAAAUCACCGGAUACUUUUAACAUACCCGGAUUCUUUUGUCACCGGCCUGCUUCUAUUAAAGGAUGAUAAACCCCCCUCGAACAACCAGCUAUGUUUGUAAAUGAGCUCUUUUUCAUGUAUUUUCUCCCAACUCUUUAACGUUCAUGAUCUGAGUUGUAAUUCUCCUUUUUAGCUGUCAUACAUUUCUUUGUAAUUUAGUGAAGAGAGUUUGGUGCUAUAUAAAAAUAACACCCUAUACCUUCCAAUUUUGUUGAAUUUUUUCACCUCUUUUCUGCAGUAAUGAAUUAAAACUCUGUGCCUAAACAAUAGUUUCUUUCGUUUGUCCAUCAUUCGUCAGAUGGAAGCGGCUGACAUCGGAGAACUGUGUGUAUCGUUGUGUUUCCGACCGAUCAGCGGUCGACUUAUCGUAACUGUCACCAAGAUCCGUGGAUUACCAAAGACAAUUGCAGACCGCACAGGUGAGUUGUUGCAGGCUCAUUUAAUGGCGUUAAGGUGUUCAACCUUAAACAAACCUUAAACCAAACUUUAAUCUUCAACAAAACAAAUAAACAAAAUAAAGCAAUGGUCGAUAAGCAUUUUACUUCUCAUAUUUUUAGCUGUACUAAAAUGAUUUAGUGCUUGAAGUAUUAAAUUCACAUGUUGCAUUCAUGUCACAAAGAAACGGUGCAUACAACAUGAACUUCGAGUUGCCGUGUUUGCAACUAAACGGAGCCACCUUAACUUCUACGUUUCUUUGUCUACAGACCCGUACGUGAAGCUUGCACUGUACUGUGACGGUGUACGCUUAUCUAAGGCCAACACGCGCGUGAAGAGACGGAGCCUCAAUCCCGUGUACAACGAGAAGUUUAAUUUCAACAUUUCCGCUGACCAGAUAUCCCUUACAACCGUAAUGCUCAAGAUAGUGAAUCAUUCGGAGAUCAACACUGGCGGCGGGAGUUUGGGUACGGCUAUUCUUGGAUUUGAUUCCUUUGGGUCUGGCCAGGAGCAGUGGAAAUCAAUGAUCGAAUCUCCAAGUAGGCAUGUCGAAAAAUGGCACAAGCUCUACAAGGAUGUUUACUAAGAGUUUGAAGAAUUUUCUAAACUUGUUAGAUUAAGUAGUACAGACCAAGAGCCCGUAUAACUGCUGGUGCUUAUCUACAGUUUUUCUCGAGGGGAGAUCAUUACUGAUAGUGUUCAUACUUCCUGAGAGAGACGUAACAAAUCUGGUUGGCACACACUGAGGGGAAUAGGUUUUACGAGUGUUUGUGAGAGAGGAAUUCGCGCGACAAUUGGAAAGAGGAAAAGACUAUCAUCAGAUUAGAAACCAAACGAAGAGCGGUUGUUAGGAAGCAAUUUCCGGUCGCGAUGGCGACACGCCCAAAAACCACAAGGGGAAAUUCAAAGAUAAAGCAAGCGAUAAUGGUCUCCAUGUUUGCUUCCUUUGUUGAAAAACGGCUGUUGUUUGAAUAUUUUUGAACUGAUGUAAUGUUUUUUCUUAUGGCGAGAGUGGUCAUCUUUAUGUUACACAGAAUUGAGCGGCUAUAUUUCCCUCGAUUAUGUGUGGCUAAACUGCUAACUGAAAAACAAAGGGAAACAUUUGUAAGAAGAAACAAUUCUAGGCACUAGUAGGUUUAACAUGACCAAACUGCACUUUUAAAGAGAGCAAGUUAUAUUGCUACUAGAUAUUAUUUAUUGAAGCCAUGACUUAUAAUUAGAAUUAGCUGACGAUGCUGGAGCAAUCCAACAUAGGACAUCAUUUGUUAUGAAGUAAUUUCGAACUCCUUCCCACAAUAUUAUUCCUGCUCUAACUUAUCUCCUGUGCUUGGCUGCUUAUCACGAAUUUUGAUAACAUCACCUGGGCUUUUCCGCCGCUAUUGUAAACGUAACAGAAGGGGUAAUGUCCGGCUGAGGGUGUGACGGAGUCUAGCAAACAAUUCUACUUUUCCGGCUUUGCCAGUUAAACAUAGAUUUCUGACGUAAGUCGAUGGGUAUUUACGUCAUCUCUCGUUGAAAAAUGCCUGGGUGCCGUAGAUGUUGUAAUCUGUUGCGUUGAUAAGUGUCUGAUCGCUCACUAACCGAAAGGAAAACUGUAAUCUAGGAAACUCUCGGGGUUUACAAGAAUUGCCGUGCUCUUGUAAUGUAUGUAUUAGUGUUGAUUUCCUUCUACUGAGUUGAAAUGUUAUGCGCAUGCUCAAAAUUUCCCUGCAUCGGAAGAGCGGCAUUAAAAUGAUACCUUCAAAAACAUACUUGUACCUAAUUAAAAACAUUGUGGUUUCUAUUUUUGGUUCCGUAGCUACAAGCGCUUGAUAAACUUGUUUGGACAAUACUAAUGUGGGUGUUUUUCAAAAACAAAAACUUACGCCGAAUCCAUUAAGAUUCUUUUGUGGAACAAACUUGUAUACCCUUAAAUGUUAUUUUUCUAGAAAUAGACAUAAUCGAUUUAUGAACUUGUUCAUAUAGAUUUCACAAAGUAGUUUGUGUUUGUGUAAGACUGAUCAAAUUUGUGUUGGUAUAAAUCGUAUCUCAUAGUGUUUUUUAAAUAUCAUAGGGAAACGAAAGAAAUAGGUCACCAUUCCGUACUUGUAUCUAGUAUCUUCCUGUAAUAAACUCCAGAACCUUCUGCAGCAGAAGUGAGAUCGAUGAAAUUUUUAAAUAGGGUGUAGAAAUGUACAGAG